CGACCACCAUGAGUAACCUUGAGAAGACCCUGUUCCAGUUGAAGUUCACCGCAAAGACGCUGAACCGCCAGGCAAAGAAAGCACAGAAGGAUGAGAACGUGGAGAAGGCGAAGCUGAAGAAGGCCCUGCAGCAGGGGAACGCCGAUGGCGCACGGAUAUACGCCGCGAACGCGAUCCGGAAGAAGAACGAAUCGCUGAACCUGCUGCGGCUCUCGAGCCGCGUCGAUGCCGUGUCCAGCAGGGUCGAGACCGCGGUCACGAUGCGCCAGGUCUCGGGGAACAUGGCGUCCGUGGUGAAGGGGAUGGACAAGGCGAUGGAGAGCAUGAACCUCGAGCGGAUAUCGGUGGUGAUGGACAAGUUCGAGUCGCAGUUCUCCGACCUCGACGUGCAGACGUCGUACAUGGAGGAGACCAUGUCGAACACGACCGCGACGUCCACGCCGCAGGACGAGGUCGACGCGCUCAUGAAGCAGACCGCGGAGGAGGCGAACAUCGAGCUGCAGCACGACCUCGUCUCGCCCUCGCAGGAGGCGCCGCACGUCGAGAUCGCGAAGGAGAAGAUCGGCGAGGAGGACGACUCGCUCGCGGCGCGCCUGCGCGCGCUGCGGCCCGCGACGUAAACGUCCAUAUGAUGUCGGCGUGGCCCACCCGCGGAGAGAUCGCAAUGUUGGACUAGAUGCUCGUUCGUUCGCGCAGCUUGUAUACCUCGUUAAUGUACUAUCACGGUAUGUAUUACUUCGGAUCGCCCCCUCGAGGAGCGAACACAACACAGGAACAGGAUAUGGGAAGAAA